ACGUCACCUCCACGUUCCCCGCCCUACGCUGGUCAACUGUUUCCGCCAAGAUGGUAGUCGGUGCUUUCCCCAUCGCCAAGCUCCUCUACCUCGGAGUGAGGCAGAUGAGCAAGCCUGUAGCGAACCAAAUAAAGGCGGGAGCCCGGAGAAGCGAGUUCUUCAAGACGUACAUCUGUCUGCCGCCGGCUCAGAUUUACCACUGGGUUGAGAUGAGAACGAAGAUGCGGAUCAUGGGCUUUCGGGGCGCCACCAUUAAGCCGCUGAAUGAGGACUUGGCUGCAGAGCUGGGUGCAGAGUUGCUGGGGGAGGCAAUCAUCUUCCUCAUUGGCGGUGGAUGUAUGGUGCUGGAGUACAGCAGGCAGGCGGCUAACUCUCGCCUCAAAGAGGAGGAGCAGAACGAGACCAUCACAAGCCUACAGACUCAAAUAGGAGAACUGACGCUAACCACAGAGACUCUAGAUGCUCAGAUCAGAGAGAUCAACAGGCAACUGCUGUCCUUUCCUCUUCCCACCAAAAAGUGACUGACUUAGUUCUUUACUAUAUGACGUGACCCUGUUUGUUGGUCUGUGUGUGAACAAACAUAGUACUGACAUAUGUACAGUAUGAUAACAGCCCUGCUCCACACACUAUUCCCAGUCCAUUAAUUUGGGUGGAAGAGGUGGAUAUAUAACAUAUCGGUGCACUAUGGAUUUGGGUGCUGUCCUUAGCUCAUGUUUUGAGCAACUAGUUGUAAAGGGGGAUUGCUAUGAUAUUCAUGGUGUAUUUCUAUGGUUGAUCUUGCAUGUUCAUUAUAAAGUUGGCUGUAUAUAAAA